UUGUCUCUUUUCCUCUGCUUCUCUUUUCUCCUCCCCAAGCAAACCCACUCUACAAAGCCAAAAUACCAGAGAAAGAGAGAGAGAAAAAAAAUCAACGCCCUUCUUCUCCUUCGAGAGCGCCAUGGGUUCUCACAUCUGUGGUGUCUCCAAGCUCUUCUUCUUCUUACUAUUUCUUUCGCUUUCCACAUCAUCCGAUGCGGCAUUGCCUCUCAACCCUCUUUCUAAAUCUUCUUCUUCGGCGACCUCCGGCCAAAUUAACUCCAACUCCGUCCUCGUCGCCCUCCUCGACUCGCAUUACACCGAGCUGGCCGAGCUCGUCGAAAAGGCCCUUCUUUUGCAGACUCUCGAGGAAGCUGUCGGCAAGUACAACGUCACCAUCUUCGCGCCCAGAAAUGAGGCUCUGGAGCGGGGGCUUGACCCGGAGUUCAAGCGCUUCUUGCUCGAGCCCGGUAAUCUCAGGUCACUCCAGACCCUCUUGAUGUUCCACAUUGUUCCCAGACGAAUCGGGUCGGAUCAGUGGCCCACUGACCCGUCCGGCCCGGUUCGGCAUCGUACCCUCUGGAACGAACACCUGCAUUUGAGAAGCCACGAUUCGGGGAAGAGAAUCGUCGACUCGGCCGAGAUUGUUCGCCCUGACGACGUCGUUCGCCCCGACGGCGUCAUCCACGGGAUCGAGCGGCUCCUGGUUCCCCGUUCCGUACAAGAGGAUUUCAAUCGGAGAAGGAGUCUACGUUCGAUAUCGGCCGUCUUACCGGAGGGCGCACCCGAGGUGGACCCCAGGACGCACAGGUUGAAGAAACCGGCAGCACCAGUACCGGCUGGUGCGCCCCCGGUUCUUCCGAUAUACGACGCUUUGGCGCCGGGUCCAUCCUUGGCUCCGGCUCCGGCGCCGGGACCGGGAGGUCCCCACCAUCACUUCAACGGCAUGCGCCAGGUCAAGGACUUCAUACACACUCUCUUACACUACGGUGGGUACAACGAGAUGGCCGAUAUUCUUGUCAAUCUAACCUCGCUAGCCACCGAAAUGGGGCGCUUGGUAUCGGAAGGGUACGUGUUGACCGUCUUGGCGCCCAACGACGAAGCCAUGGCUAAGCUGACGACGGACCAAUUAAGCGAGCCCGGCGCACCGGAGCAGAUAAUAUACUACCAUAUCAUUCCGGAGUACCAGACGGAGGAGAGUAUGUACAAUGCGGUUCGGCGGUUCGGGAAGAUCCGGUACGAUACUCUGCAAUUGCCGCACAAGGUUGUGGCUCAGGAGGCUGAUGGGUCUGUGAAAUUCGGGCAAGGAGACGGGUCUGCGUAUCUGUUCGACCCCGAUAUCUAUACAGACGGGAGAAUUUCGGUGCAAGGGAUCGAUGGGGUUUUGUUCCCACCGGAGGAGGAGACGAAUACACAGAAAAAAACAUCUCCGGCUGUUAAGGUUGUCACCAAGCCCAGAAGAGGGAAGUUGCUGGAAGUAGCAUGUAGGAUGCUUGGAGCUUUUGGACAGGACUCUCAUUUCUCCACUUGUCAAUGAAAAUACCCUCUCAACAAAACCCACAAGUAAAAAGGAAUUCAUGUAAACAAUUAAUAAAUGUUGUAUGAUAAUCCCAUCCCUGCUAAUACAAUGGAUGCAUAGGAAGAGGGAGCACAGAAGAGGAAGUUCACUGUUUUUUUUUUUUGUCACAAAUACUGUAAUUACAUGUUUUUUUUUUUUUUUUGGGAAUUAUUUUUAUCUUUGGAAGAUUUUAUUAUUACCCUUUUCAUGGCUGGUUUUUGUUUAUGCAUCCAUUGCUUAAGAGUCAUACCAAAAACACAUAUAAUAUUCUUUGUUAUCAUAUUUUGAUGUGUGUAUGAAAAUGGAGGUCCGUUUUGGUUGGUC